CUCCAUUUCCAGGCUCCACUCCGCAGCCAGUGGGCACCAGAAGGCACCGACCCCCAGUGCCCCGGCCCCACCAUCGCCACCAGCUCCCCACUCAGUGCUCAGACGCAGCCCACCCCAUGGCCCCCGAGAUGGACCAAUUCUACAGAUCCACCAUCGCCAUCUACAAGAGCAUCAUGGAACAGUUUAACCCCGCCCUGGAGAACCUGGUCUACCUGGGAAACAACUACCUCCGCGCCUUCCGUGCUCUGUCUGAGGCGGCCGAGGUCUACUUCAACGCCAUCCAGAAGAUCGGGGAGCAGGCCCUGCAGAGCUCCACCUCGCAGAUUCUGGGUGAGAUCUUGGUGCAGAUGUCAGACACCCAGCGGCAUCUGAACUCUGACCUGGAGGUGGUGGUGCAGACACUGCAUGGAGACCUGUUGCAACACAUGGAGAAGAACACGAAGCUGGACAUGCAGUUCAUAAAAGACAGCCGCCAGCACUAUGAGAUGGAGUACCGCCAUCGAGCUGCCAAUCUGGAGAAGUACAUGUCCGAGCUGUGGCGCAUGGAGCGCAAGAGGGACAAGAAUGCGCGGGAGAUGAAGGUGCAGGAGCUGGAGGAGAGCGUGAACCGGCUGCACGCGCAGAUGCAGGUCUUCGUGUCUGAGAGCCAGCGGGCGGCCGAGCUGGAAGAGAAGCGGCGCUAUCGCUUCCUGGCUGAGAAGCACCUGCUUCUUUCCAACACCUUCCUGCAGUUCUUUGGCCGGGCCCGCGGGAUGCUGCAGAACCGCGUACUGCUGUGGAAGGAGCAGUCGGAGGCCAGCCGCGGCUCGUCGCGCGCCCACUCCCCGGGCCUGCUGGGCCCUGCGCUGGGGCCGCCCUACCCCUCGGGCCGCCUGACGCCCACCCGCCUGGACAUGCCCCCGAGGCCUCUGGCAGAGUUCAGCUCCCCACGCAGCCUGCACGGCUCGGGCUCCUACGGCCCCGAGCCCGCCGAGGCGCGGUCCGCGUCCCAGCUGGAGCCUGAGCGCCGGUCCCUGCCCAGGACGCCGUCCGCCUCCUCGCUUUACACCAGCAGCACGCAGCCUUCGCGCUCCAACUCCUUCGGCGAGCGUCCCGGCGGCGGUGGCGGCGGUGGCAGGGGCUCCACGAAAGUCCGCGCCCUGGUCUCGCACUCGGAGGGCGCCAACCACACGCUGCUGCGCUUCUCGGCGGGUGACGUCGUGGAAGUGCUAGUGCCCGAGGCCCAGAACGGCUGGCUCUAUGGCAAGCUGGAGGGCUCGUCAGCGAGCGGCUGGUUCCCCGAGGCCUAUGUGAAGCCUUUGGAGGAGGUGCCCUUGAACCCCAUGACCUCCAUGACUCCUAUAACCCCUGUGAAUGAGCUACCUUCCAGGUCCUACCCACUCCGGGGGAGCCACAGCCUCGACGACCUCCUGGACCGGCCGGGCAACUCCACGGCCCCCUCAGAGUACUGGGAUGGCCAGACCCGCUCCCGUACGCCGAGCCAGGUCCCAAGCCGCGCCCCCAGCCCUGCCCCGACGCCCUUGCCUGGCAGCCGCCGAAGCAGUAUAGGCAGCAUGGGGGUGGCCAGUGAUGCCAAGAAACUCAUGUGCUGGGAGCAGCAACCCCCAGAACUCUUCCCUCGAGGCACGAAUCCCUUCGCCACCGUGAAGCUGCGUCCCACUGUCACCAACGACCGCUCAGCACCCCUCAUCCGCUGAGGCGCCUUCCUCCGUCUGGGGCCUGAGGUCAACCCUUCCCCAACACCGGCCUAGGGGCCACCCUACAGCUGGGGACAGCAGCAGCAGCAGAUCCGAGAAGCCGGCCCUGAUGCUGGGUGGGGAGCUGCCGACGGUGCUGGCCUGGGGCCUUCAGAGUGAAGCAGGCAGAAUUGGGGGACAGAACACAUUCUUCCCUUCCAGGGGCCCCAGGAUUCUCCCUGGGGGGCCUGUCUCUUGCCCUCCAACCUCUUUUCCCCUUCCCUGCCCCAGUAGGGAGGAGCCCCUGCCGCCGCCCCCCCCCCCAUAUCCCUGUUUAACUUUUGUAAAUGUUGAGAAAUAAAGGAAGUGGACAAGGCAGCAGGAACGGUGG